AUGUUCGACUACCUUCUUUCCCUCUUGGGGUUGUUGAAGGAAUGGCCACAAUACACUCUGGAUGACGUCCGGAAGCACAACGAUCGUCAUUCUCUUUGGAUAGUUGCAGGAAAUUCGGUCUAUGACGUGACCUCUAUCUUGGACUCCCACCCGGGUGGAGCUAACGCAUUACUACAACGGGGUGGUGGUGUGAAGGAUUGCACUAAUGACUUUGGUUAUCACAGCCGCGCCGCACAGGCUGUUUGGGCAUCGCUAAAGGUGGGUGAAGUGCGUUUCGACAGCUCUGAAGAGCGUUCGCCCCUGGGGCUGGCCAGCGCUUUGAAGGAGGAAUCUAAAAGUUCUUCAAAGCCUGUGUCUCCCUUAAUUCAAAUGUGCGACAUGAAGGUAUGCAAUAGUAAGGGUGGCUGCUGCCGCACCAGUACGGUGGAAAGUCACAUUGGCACCUCCGAAUUCGUUCCUGAGUGCCAUUGCGCCGAUUGUUUUCACCGCAGACGCAUCUCUGGAAAGGGCACUGCUAGCUGCAGUGGGGCUAAGUCAUCCUAA